CGAAGCAGGCGAGUGGAAGGAAUGGGAUUUUGUAACCGUCAGUUUUUUCUUCGAGCAGCGCGGCAUAAAGGAGCUUGCUAAAGACGCUAACGGGCGUGGAAAAAAAACGAAAAAAAAACGAGCCAUGGACCCUGAUUCUGGCAUCAAGCAGUUAUCCAGGCCCGUUUCUCGCCUCUUCAAGAGGUCCACCGUUGUCGUCAUUGCUGGUGCUGCAGUCGCUUUUCUUCAGCUGUCACAAGUACGGUGCGAUCCGGACGGGACCGAGUUCAGGCCCGAGGCUUGCCGGGCCACGGCAAGUGAGGGUGGAGGGGAUCGCCGGUGCGUGCCCUUGACCUGGUGCCCGCCCUUGGUGGCCGCGGCCGUUCGCGGGCCCCGACCGCAAUCAUGCGGCGUCCACGAGAGCUCGCUGCUAGUUUGCUGUCCGUCGGCCAGCGUGGUGGACCCGGCGACACGGAACACUGGCGACGACGUGCUAUCCGCCGGCACACCACCUGCGGGCCCUCGUAACGAACCAGGCUGUGGCGUAGUGGCCAAAGGUCCAGGAGGAGUCGCUAACGGAUCAAGUGGAAGCGUCACGAUUACGAAGUCUCCGUGGCCUUGGAUGGCGGCCAUAUUCAAAGACGGCGAGUUCCUUUGCGGUGGUUCUCUUUUGGAUCGCGACACUGUGCUGACGGCGGCGCAUUGCUUCUAUCACUUCAGAAACGACAUCGGGAAGUAUAAAGUGCGCCUUGGCAUUCUGAAGCUGAACGAGACGGUGAGCGCGCACGGCGCCGAACUUCCGAUCCUCUGGAUACGGAGGCACGAACGCUACCGUGAGGGCAACAUCUACAACGACAUCGCGCUUGUGAAGACCGCCACGAAGGCAUCCUACGGUAGCCUCAUCGUCCCAGUGUGUCUGCCGCAGCGAGACUUCGGGCUCGACGGACAGCGCGUGGUCGUGCUCGGCUGGGGACUCACGUCUUUCGGAGGCCGGCACCCGUCCAGGCUGCAGAACCGUGGCGCGCUGGUCAUCAGCAACGAUGAGUGCAACGACAUCAUGAGCCAAUCGUCUCGCUUCGUGGCCCGAUCACCUGAUGGCAUCACCGAGAACAUCGUGUGCGCCAUCAACCGCACGGGUGUCGACGCCUGCCAGGGCGACGGUGGAGGACCCAUGCUGGCUCGGGGCCUGGACUCCCGAUGGAACGUGGUGGGAGUGGUGUCGUUCGGCAUCGGUUGCGGCGGCCGCUAUCCUGGGGGCUACACGCGCGUCUCAGCGUUCCUCGACUGGAUCGCCCGGAACAGGGAGUGAACAUGACGAAACGACGCAGGCCGGAUAGUCGCUGGAUCCACCUAAGCACUGACCCUCCUGCGGCGGAUGGUCCGAAUUAAAAGCUUCUUUGUGUUCCCGCAGUUGUCCUCUGACUGGGCCUGCAAGCCUUGCGCGGACAAGCGCAAUACUAUGUUGCCUUCGCUGGCGCUUAGUUGCAUACUUAGUUGCGCUCAAAUUACCCUGCAACAUACCCCGCUGUUUUCAUUACAAUGUCUUUUAUAAACAUUGUUCUUCCGAUGUCCUUAAAUUUCUGAAUGUAAGACAGCGAAACCUGCGCGUCAAGUUGAACAAUUUUUUUUUAUUCUUAAAAUAGGCACUAAAUGCAGAAAAGGGUCAGGGUUUUUAUACACCAUUUAACUUCAAAAUCUUAACUGUGUAUUCGACACUAAAUACAAUAAAAGUAACUAUAGAAAUACUUAAGGAAAUUGGACACAGGAAACAUACAGCGCAAGUUUGUACCUUUCUUUCGGCACUAUAAAUUAUGUUCCAUUAUAUAAUUUGUUCUGUACCUGCAUUAUAUCGCCCUAAUAUAGUUGGGUUUUUUAUCUUUCUUUCUUAGUGUCGCAUCUUAACCAUGCCUCGGCAUUGUGCCUGUACGACGCUCUUUUCUGUCCAGCGGCGCACGCAAAUACCUGUGCUUAUGAGGGCUGUUUGUUACUUUGUACAACCGUGAAAAAUAAAAUUUCAAUUUCAAUCUCAACUUUCAAAACAAUCUAAUACCCCUGACACACGGGGGAAAAAAGUCCUUUGCAGGAAACCCCUUUUGUUACUCCGAAGGACCCUUUGCAGAAAGGAGUUGCGCCGGUGACACAAAGCAGCGCACUAACUUCUUUAGGUGGUUCUUCAGAU